AUGUCGCCUCUCUGCUUAUACAUUAACGUCGGAAAUGGCCGACACUUUCGAUGUGCGCUAUUAGCUGUUCAAACAGAUCGCCCAAUCGGCACGGCAUGGAAAGGACGGACCUCCCAGGGCGUGUGGAGCUGCAGGGGCAUUGACUGGAAGCAAAAAGAGGGCUGCGCCGAAUACGGGAAGAAAGGCAGGCGUCAGUGUGAGGAUUGCAACAAAAGCGUCUUUCUUUCUUUCUUUCUUUCUUUCUUUCUUUCUUUCUUUUACACCUGUCCCUUUCUUUCUUUCUUUCUUUCUUUCUUUCUUUCUUUCUUUCUUUCUUUCUUUCUUUCUUUCUUUUGCACCUGUCUCUUUCUUUCUUUCUUUCUUUCUUUCUUUCUUUCUUUCUUAAAUCAUUUUAAUCUGUCGACUAAUGAAGAACUCUCCAAUUCUUCCAGUUGCGUUCUACAAGAGUUCGUUGGCCUUUCCCCUACAACUUCUUUUUUUUCUAUAUUACUAAUCUAUCUAUCUAUCUAUCUAUCUAUCUUCUCAGCCUCUUCAUAUUUCAAAAUUAAUUCUAUCUAUCUAUCUCUAAAAAGCCUCUUCAUAUCUAUCUAUCUAUCUAUCAUUUGGUAUCUAGGAAUAUUAUCUCAAAACACAGAAAAUCUAUCUAUCUAUCUAUCUAUCUAUCUCAAUCUGUUAAACAUCUAUCUAUCUUAUCUUUUAAGCUAUCUAAAAUCUAUCUAUCUAUCUAUCUAUCUAUCUAUCUUCAGUCUUCUGUUAAUAUCUAUCUAUCUAAAUAUCUAUAAAUCUAUCUAUCUAACUAUCUAUCUAUCUCAUCUGUUCAUAUCUAUCUAUCUAUCUAUCUAUCUAUCUAUCUAUCUAUCUAUCUAUCUAUCUCGUUCUUUUCAUCUCUCUGUUUCUCUCUCAAACCCUUCAUAUAUAUCGUUUUCUCGGUCUAUUCAUAUCUAUCUAUAUCUAGAUCAGAGGUACUCAGCCGGGUGCCACAUGGCCACAGCUCUGGCGAGAAAAUAUUUUUUUUUUCAUUAUCUAUGCAUUUUUAAUUUUUUGUACAAAAUAUCUAUCUAUCUAUCUAUAAAUGCAUUUUUAUGA